AAUAGAGUUUUUAAAUUAAAAAAAAAGGAAACAGAGGGACCAGCCUCCGUACGAUAUCACCAGGGAGCGUGAAAAAAAAAGAGGGAGAGAGAGGGUGGGGAGGAAAGAAGAGCCAAAAAAAAGGAGACGAUUCUCUCUCUCUCUCCCCCCAAGGAUACUCUUCACCCCUCCUCCACCUCGGAUCUCCAACCCUCCUCCCUCAUCAAACCCCCCCCCCCCUUCCCACUUCAGACAGUCUGCACCUUCCCCUGGGCCUGAUCCCUCCCUCCCUCCUUCACACCAACUAACACCACCUUCCCCCCCCCCCCCCCAAACCCCAACCCCCACCCCCCUCCCCGUCCACAAGACACAUACCCGGGGCCCUCCGUCGCAAUGAGCCCGGCCGACGCCAAAAGGGCGAAGAGGAGGAAAAAUAAGCGGGGCGGUGGCAAGACAGUGAGCCGUCAACAAAAAGCCCUGACGCCCUCGUCCAGCAACGGGAGCAGCGGCGGAGGAGGCAGCGGCACCAACGGCACCUUACACGGGGAGGUUUCUAUAAAUGGCACACAGCUGUCAGAUGGGACUGUGGGAUCAGAAUUUACAGAGGUCCCUCAGACUCCCUUCACUUUUGGGCUGGGUCAGAGAGCACCGUACUCAACAGGAGAACGAUGUCUUCUAUGUCGAAGUGAACGCAAAGACUCUUCACUCUCAGAGAGUGGGAUUACAAACCCAAACAAAAUGGCACUUUCUACAUCUCCAAAAACUAAUAGCAUGUUGCACCUUCCACUGUGGGUUUGCCCGGAUUGCAGGCGCACAGUUGAAAAGGAUGAUCGGCAAGUUUCUCUAGAGCAGUCUCUAGUGAACCAGGAUUUCUUGCUGCAUAUGCCAAUGGCUACUAAUGGAGCGCCCCAGGAUUCAAUAGGUGGAAGACUGGCUGUCGGAACACAGUCCGUACCUGGUACGGAUGUCAACACGACCACACCUUCAGAAAUAGCUUGCAACUGUGAGGCAUGCAAUGAGCGCAGAGAAAUAUCAGCAGAGAACGAGCGUGAAUCUCAACAGCUUCAGCAUUAUUGGUCAGAGGUACGAUACAUGGUUCGAUGUAUUUAUCGCCAAGCUGGGACACCGUUAGCUGAUGAUCAGGAUCAGUCAUUGGUGCCAGAUAAGGAGGGAAUGAAAGAACUGGUAGACAGGCUAUGUGAACGGGACCCCUACCAGCUAUACCAACGUUUAGAACAGCAGGCCAGAGAGUAUGUUUUGGAAAUGAAGGUACGCUUGCUCCGACAUUUGUCACUUGGGUCCAAGAUCACAACUGUGGCUCAAGGCCCACCACAGGCUCAUCAGUUCAUCUCACUCUUAUUGGAGGAAUACAGCGCACUCUGUCAAGCUGCUCGCACAAUCAGCACCUUCCUCAUUACACUGGAAAGUGAACAUUUGAAGAAAUUCCAGGUCACGUGGGAACUACAUAAUAAGCACCUCUUUGAAAACUUGGUGUUCUCUGAGCCACUUCUGCAGAGUAGCUUACCAUCACUAGUAGCACAGCUCCGGCUGGGGACGGCAUCGCACGACUCGUACAGUGAGGACAUGUAUAGUACAUUACUACAAAGGUACUUACAGAUGGACCAAGAGAUGAGUCGAGUUGCUGCAGAGUGGUUAGAGUGUCAAAAGCGAAUAGAUGAUUAUGUGGAUGAACAGAUGGCAAUGAAGACAAAACAACGUAUGCUGAAGGAGGACUGGGAGUUCUUCAAACAGCGUCGCUUAUUGGAAGAGCAGCUUACAAACAGCAAGAAAGCACUAACUGGGGAGAAUAAUUUCACAGACACAAUGAGGCAUAUGCUGUCAUCACGACUGAGCAUGCCUGAUUGUCCCAACUGUAAUUAUAGGCGUAGGUGUACCUGUGACGAUUGCAGCCUGUCUCAUAUACUCACGUGUGGCAUCAUGGACUCACCCAUUCCUGAUGACCUUUCCAUAAACACAUUACCGUUACAAGUGGAAUCUGCUCCAGAUUACCUCUCGGAGAUUCGCCCACCUAGCAUGUCAUCUGCAAGCUCGGGAUCUGGCUCAAGCUCGCCAAUCACCAUUCAGCAACACCCGCGACUCAUUCUGGCUGAUAGCAACUCAGCCCCCACCUUUGGCAGUGAUGAUGAAGAUGUCACCCCUUUAUCGGCUAAAUUUGCUGACAUAUACCCACUCAACAGCUAUGAUGAUGCAGAAGUUGUAGCCAACAUGAAUGGUAUUCAUGGAGAACUCAAUGGUGGGGGUGAAAAUAUGGCAUUAAAGGAUGAGUCUCCACAGGUAAGCAGCACUAGUAGUAGUUCUUCAGAAGUUGAUGAUGAAGAUGGUGAUGAUGGAGAAAGCAGCAGUGAACCUCCUGCGUCUCAUCCAGAGGAGAUGGCUGGGAAGAGAACUGCUAGAAAGGAGGAAGUAAGGAGGGACAGUCCACCACCAUCUUAUCCAAGUCAGCAGGCUGACCAGGUCCAAAAUGUUUGUGAAUGCCAUGUCUGUAAGCAAGAAGGCUCAGGGUUGAACACAUCUGCACUUGCAGCUGGGCGUCUCCCUAGCAGCCACCAGUUUUUACCCACAGAAAAGCCUUCCCAUCCUGCUCUUCACCUCUACCCCCAUAUCCAUGGGCAUUUACCACUACACACCAUCCCUCAUCUGCCUCGGCCUCUUCUCCAUCCGACUCUGUAUGCAGCAACUCCACCAUUCACACACAACAAGGCUCUUCCAUCAGCCCCACCUCCCAAUCAUACGAGCAAACAUCAGGUGUUCAAUGCUUCCCUGCAGGACCACAUCUAUCCAAGUUGUUUUGGUAGUACAGACUGGAACAACCCACUGCUUACAUCCCAUAAAUUGGCAAGUCUGUGGGGAUCAGAGUUAAUCAAUGGGGAUAAGCCGUGGAACCCUGCUGCUUUUCUACCAGAGACAUUAUCUGGUGAUAUGUUGGGGUCACCACUCCCAGAGAUUAGGCCCGAAGCACUUCCCCCCACAACGAGCGCAGAAACAGCUGUCACGGACACCAAGGAGAAAAAGCCCACAUCUAGGAAAAAAUGUCUCUACAACACCCCUCCUUCUGUGGAAACAAAUAAAGUCAUCAUGGCAACAUCCUCAGCCACCUCCUCUGUCUCAUCAACAGCCACAACUGUACAAUCUAGCUCCAACCAAUUUAAGGUUUCAUCCAAAAGACCAACGUCGCUAGGUGAAGUGUUCCACAGUUUAGGUAAAGAAGAUCACAGGCAUCCCACACCAGUCGCACCGAGGAAUAGCCCCACAGGUUUAACAUCUCUUCCAUCUCUCACACCCACGCCGCUGUCCCCUGCCUCUGCACCUCACAUGUCUAACCUUGUGACUUCGCCUUUUCCAAAGACAGCUUCAACUGCUCCAGGUUUUGUCGAUCCCCAUUCUGGACUCUGUCCCACCUCAACUGCCGCCCCUACAGCAACGACAGAAGGUUCAGUCAGUGCUUCAGCCAGUGUCUGCAGUGACCCUGACUGCGAGGGACACCCGUGUGAAAGCAGCAAUGUGUACGAUCAUCAGCAAUUUGAUGGUGAGGAGAGUCAAGAUGAAGACAGCUGCUCUGAACACAGCUCUAGUACCUCAACAUCAACCAAUCAGAAGGAAGGAAAAUACUGUGACUGCUGCUACUGUGAAUUCUUUGGGCAUGGCGGGCCACCUGCUGCACCAACAAGUAGAAACUAUGCAGAAAUGCGUGAAAAACUCCGGUUACGACUCACAAAGCGAAAAGAAGAACAGCCAAAGAAAGCAGACCAGAUCCUUGAGAAGGAGCAGAUAGUAGAUCAUCGAAAAGUGGAAGACCUAUUGCAAUUUAUAAAUAGCACAGAAUCUAAACCAGUCAGCAGCACAAGGGCAGCUAAACGAGCACGGCACAAACAGCGAAAGCAGGAAGAGAAGGCACGACUUGAGGCUGAAGCCCGUGAGAGAGAACAGUUACAACUACUCGAGGAGCAGAGACGGCAGGAAGAGGCAGAGCAGCUAAAACAGGAAUUACAACGGCUUCAAGAACUGCAGCAAAUAAGAUCAGCUAAGAAAAAGAAAAAAGAGAGAAUUAAAGAAUCCCAAAAAAAUGAAUGCUUUUUACAAAAUGCACGUUUAAAGGAAACUGCUGUGGAUCUGGUAAAUGAUAACUGCAAAUCCCAGCAGCCAGAUACUGUAGCAAAACCUCCCAACCUACCACUGAUACAAACAAACAGCAAAGAGGAGCAGAAAGCGCUGCCAGAAUCUAGUACAACACAGCAGUCACCAGCUAAUGGCAAAGAUCCCAGACUGCCCCAGGCACCAUCUCAGCGGGAGGGUAAGGCCAAGCAACCAGACGCCAACAUCAGCCUGGAACUCUCAGUCCACAAUGAAGUAAAUGGCAAGCAGAAGGUAAAAUCGCAGGUGGUCAAACAGAGUACUGAACGGCCAUUGAAACCAACUGAGGGCUUCAGACCUUGCGAGAUGCAUCCGAAAAGUUCAGCCAAAUGUCAGGCAGAAUUGGGAACACCCAAACCAAAGCUGUCUGAGUGCCAAAUGGUGGUGGAAACCAGAAAGGAGGAGAAAAAAGGAGUUAAUGGCAACGGGAAGAAGCUCAACCAUGUGAAAGAAGAAAAGGUGUUAGCAGUGAGUGAGCCUGCCCCUUCUAAUGACCAGCAACAAGUUAACAAAUACACUGCGGAAUCACCCCAACCCAAAGGAAAAACCAAGAAAAACAAAAAGAAGAAAGGCGACAAGCUAAACAACUCUAUUGAUGAUGUGUUUCUCCCUAAAGACAUUGACUUAGACAGUGUGGAGAUGGAUGAGACUGAGCGUGAAGUGGAAUACUUCAAGAGAUUCUGCUUAGAUUCAGCCCGGCAAAACAGACAGAGACUCUCCAUCAACUGGUCGAACUUCAGCCUGAAGAAAACCACGUUUGCUGCUCACUGAUCAGAUUAAGAGUUCCCAACUUGUGACUCCACUGAAUAUUCUCACCCGAAUAUACAGUACUCUGCUGCGCUGAGAGCUAACCAGGUUGUUCUGGAACUGCCUUGCCUUUUUCUGCCCUUCAUCCUUCUGCCCUCACCAUCCCAUCUCCCCACUGCUGUGUGUGGUUCUGCACUGGGAUAGGUGCAGGGCGCCUUGGCCCUAGAAACUUCCUUACAGUGUUUGGAGAAAGAGUUGGCUGGAUGUCACUCCACAUCCUCCUUACCUGAUUUAUUCUUUUGUUUGCUUGUGUGUUUGUAGUCUGUGAGUGGGACUUGUUCAAAAGUAGUCAUAACCUGCUCGGGUUGGAACUCAAACAAUCUUCUGUCUCUGACUCUUCUUCCCUAGUGUCUGCCCAAGCAUGUGCUUGGGUGAAGGUCAAUCUGUUUGUUCCCUCCUUUGCAUCAAUCCACCGUGACUUUUUAUUCACGUCUUGCAUUCAGCACUGUACAUACAAUCCAACUACUGACAAGGGAAUGGACUUCAUCAGUUUUUAUUCGUCAUUGCUCCAGCAUUCCCUUAACGAGAUGAAUUGACCGAUGGGAAUGCUCAUACUGAACUGGGCAGUGAAAUCCCAGUUGCCUCCAGUACUCCUUCACAAAUUCACUGUUUAAAGUGUACAAGGUUACGCUAUAUUGUGUUUGAUUUCUGACUUGUAGCCAGCUUGUGUAAGAAUACUUGCAGAAUGAAUUCAAAAGAACAAUGCUCACACUAUCGACCUGUUAUAGAGUGUAUAAUUGUAUUAACACUGAAGCCUAAACUGGCUACUUUUUUAACAUAUUGUUAAGUAAUAUUAAAAAAUCAUGUCUUUCUUUUUGAAAGA